CCUUAUCAUCGAGAUAUUUUAUUAACUUAUCAGGUUUAUAUUUGUGGUUAGAAGCAAUAUAGAGAGCAACACUAUAAUGAUCAGUGACGGUUGUAUGGAAUAUAAGACAACGAAAACGACAAACGAAACUAUAUCGUUAGUAAUGCGUGGAGGUAGCGAGUUAAAAUUUUCAACCAUAUACCCUUAACGAUGUGAAAAUAUCAAAUUUCUGAGUUAACGUAAAAAAGUAUACAGCCGUUUAUAUUGCGUAGCUACUAUAAAAUACGAAACCCUCGCUCGGUGGGCAAGUCAGACUCGCAGUUAUCCGAGUUUUUUUUAGAUAAGAAUGCGUGUGUAAAAUAAUAAUGUUUCUUGGACUUUUGUUACCUACGAUAUUUAUUUUUUAUAAUAAUAUAAAAUUUAUAAAAAUAUAGAAUAUAUUGAGCAUUCUCAUUAAAGCACUACAAUAUAAUAUAUUUCUCAAAUCCACUUGGAGGAAGUAACGUUUAUUUUCAAGAUUCGACUUAUUCAUCAGUUGCGCAGACGGUUAUUUAAACACAAAAUUACAGCACCUUUAAAUUACUAUAUCCACUAUUAACGAAUCAGUAAGCCAAUAUGACAUAAACCGCACUCGAUGAAAUCACGCCAAAUACUCACACGACCGGCUGAUCAGCGAUCAUUCAGAGCAAAUGAGCCAACAAACAUCGAACAAGAAAUUAUAUGAUAUCUAGUUGGUCGGAUUUUUGCGAUAAGCUCUGUUUCUCGCUCUAAUGCAAAUUAGAGCGAAAAACAGAUUUUUACAAAAUGUCCAAAGAACAUAGAAUUUCGACGAUGAGGCUCAGUGAUUUAGGAAAAUAUUAUGCAAGUGAUAAAACUAAAGUGGUAAGCUUAGAUUCUGUAGGGGAUAAUGUCACUUACUCAUAAAGUUUGGAAAUUGUUCAAAAUCAUAAAUAAGGCGCUUUUACUUUGAUAGCUUUGAAGUACCUCCUCUACCUAGAUACUGCAGGUGCAGCUAUAAUAUUCAGUUAGCGAAAAAUCUUGUUUAAUACAUAAUCAUUAUAAAUACCAGUAUGUAGGUACGAAGUAGUAACUUUAAGAGAUAUUUUUAAAAUUGUUUCUUCAUAAUGUGGAGCUUUCUGUACCUUAUACCACAAAUUAUGUCUAUUUUGUGCUAAUACCUACAAAAUAGUAUCCUAGUAACAUUCACAAUCGAUCAAACUUCUUAAUAAUGCAAGAAUCCAAACCCGCAUCUAAACAGGUUCGAAUCUAUCAGCCAACGUACCAAUUGAAUGCGAGACGAAAAUUCAACGCGGAAAAAAUUGAGAAGAUACUGCAACGUAUCAUCGACUAUGAGUUAGCUGAAGUCGAAUACAGUGAAAAAACCGUUCCCGAACUUACGCUGAACCUGGCUGAAACCAUAAGAAACUCUAUAAAAGAGGAAAACUAUGACAGAUGUCGUUUGAUAGUGGUGGUGACGAUCGGUCAGCGGCGGCAGCAGGGUGUCCACAUGUUCCACUCAUUUCUUUGGGACCACGAGCGGGACGAUUUCGCCUCUUACAACUUCGAGAACUGCCAUUUAUUUGCAAAUGUGGUAGUUUAUGGUGUUUAUUUAGAUUAAUCGUACUGAAAUAAAUCGUGAGUAUUUUUUCCGUUUUAUUUUUUGGGUGUAAAUGUUUUUAAGAAUGUAGCUUAUCCUGGCAACUUUUUACGUUUUUAUAUUACGUAAAAUUUUAGGGACCUCUGUCAUAAUUUGACCUGAUUCCGUUUUUCCUUUCAUCAUAGGCAUAUAUUUAUAAAACUAUUACAGUACCUACGUAUUGAAUUGUCGCCGGACUGGUGCACGAGGUAUCGUUAGGUAUACCAAAUUUCAGCUUACUCGUCAACACAGUUAUACAUACCAACAAUUACUUGAGAAUGGGUUUGCUUUUAAGUAAAUAACUUUCACACGAACAUUGCAAGUACUUCAACAAAAUUUUGACACUUUAAUGUUACAUUACCACUAAACUGUUAACCUACUUAUAUAUAACUAGCAAACCAGUGAACCAA